AUGGUGCCCAAGCAGACUCUCCAGUCUAAAUAUAAACUGCUCUCCGGUCAUGAGAUUCCAGUCUUGGGAUAUGGGGUGUAUAUGAUUCCACCUUCUUCAACUGAAAAGGUCACCUUGGAAGCCUUCAAAGUGGGAUUCCGACAUGUCGACUCUGCAAUUAUGUAUCGCAACGAGAAAGGCUGUGGCCGAGCUAUCCAGAAUUCAGAACUCGACAGAUCCGAGGUUUUCCUUACGACUAAGAUUCCCCCCGAAUCAAUGGGCUACGAAGAGACCAAGCGGGCUGUUGAUACUAGUCUCCGUGCUGCAGGACAAGAAUACUUCGAUCUCAUCCUUAUCCACGCCCCCUACGGUGGCAAGGAAGCUCGCCUCGGCUCCUGGCGUGCCCUCGUGGAAGCCCAGGAAGCAGGCAAGACCAAAUCCAUCGGCGUAUCCAACUAUGGCAUCCACCACCUCGAAGAGCUAGAGGCGUACAUCCAAAGCGGAGGCGGCGGCGAGAUCUCCGUCGGCCAGUACGAGUUACACCCAUGGCUGGAUCACUCGGAUAUCGCGGAGUGGUGCCAGAGUCGGGGCAUCGUUGUCGAAGCGUAUUCUCCUUUGGCACAUGGGACGCGGUUCAGAGAACCGGUGUUAAGGGCUAUUGGGGAGAAGUAUAAGAAGUCGCCUGCGCAGGUGUUGAUUCGGUGGAGUUUGCAGAUGGGAUUCGUUCCAUUGCCAAAGUCUGUGACUCCGCAGCGCAUUCAAGAGAAUUCGGAGGUGUUUGAUUUUCAAUUAUCGGAGGAGGAUAUGAAGUUGUUGGAUACGGGCGAGUAUAGUCCUACCGACUGGGAUCCUACCGUAGAUGAUGACUAG